AUGUCGCCCAAGGACGACAAGAAGAAAGACACCAGAAAGUUGGCCAAGAAGGACGGCGCCGGGAGGCCCCUUGCCCAGCCGGGCGGACCUCGGGGCGGGCGCGAGCAUUGCAUCUCCCAUGUGCUCCGCUGGUGGGGUUCGGGUGGGGUUCGCGGGAGAACAGUACUAGGGGAGAAUGGGGCACCUGGAGGACCUCGCCGCAUUCCCGCUUUUCUACUACAGCCGCCCAAGGACGACAAGAAGAAGAAAGACGCCGGAAAGUCGGCCAAGAAGGACAAAGACCCAGUGAACAAAUCUGGGGGCAAGGCCAAAAAGAAGAAGUGGUCCAAAGGCAAAGUUCGGGACAAGCUCAAUAACCUGGUCUUGUUUGACAAAGCUACAUACGACAAACUCUGCAAGGAAGUUCCCAACUCUAAGCUCAUAACCCCAGCUGUGGUUUCUGAGAGGCUGAAGAUCCGUGGUUCUCUGGCCAGGGCAGCGCUUCAGGAACUGCUUAGUAAAGGACUUAUCAAACUAGUUUCAAAGCACAGAGCGCAAGUAAUUUACACCAGAAAUACCAAGGGUGGAGAUGCCCCAGCUGCUGGUGAAGAUGCAUAAACAGGCACAACCAACUGUACAUUUGGAAAAAUAAAAUUUAUUAAGCCAAA